UAUAUAUACGGUUAAAGGAGCCUCAGGCAGUCUGGCUUUAUUUCCUACUUCUAACUAAGGAGAGAAGAUGAGCAGCCACGCAAUGUUGCGGAUGAUCUUCCUUGUGGUUUUUCUUGGGUGGUUGAUGAUUUGGGUUAUGUUGCCAACGAAACUUUACAAAAACACAUGGACACCCAAUCUAGACAGCAAGCUCACUUCAACGUAUUUUGCGAGGCGAGGGACAAAUCUUUUGCUGUUUUCUUUCCCGGUGAUGUUCAUAGCUGCUUUUGGUUGCGCUUAUCUCCAUUUUCGGAAGAAAUCAAGAGGGUCCAAUUACUCCAAAAGACCUGGUUAUAGUGCUACUGCCUUCUUGAAACGACCGGUGCUCGUAAUGGCUCCCCUUGGAAUUGUUUCUGCAUUGGAGCUGAUUUUUGCUGCCAUGUUUGUUGCUCUCUUGAUCUGGUCCCUCGCCAACUACUUGUAUGUCAGCUUUGGACACCUGCACAUGCAUAAACAAGGCGAGAAAAUAUGGGAAGCUCAAUUCCGAAGUGUAUCACUAAGACUUGGAUACAUAGGGAAUAUUUGCUGGGCAUUUCUCUUCUUCCCUGUAACAAGAGGAUCAUCCCUUUUGCCUCUAGUUGGGCUUACCUCAGAGUCUAGCAUCAAGUAUCAUAUAUGGCUUGGACAUGUCUCAAACAUCCUUUUUGCUGCGCAUACUAUUGGUUUCAUUACCUACUGGGCCAUGACUAAUCAAAUGACUGAGAUGCUGCAAUGGAGCAAAACUUGGGUAUCAAAUGUAGCUGGAGAGAUUGCAAUUGUGAUUGCUUUGCCAAUGUGGGUGACAAGUAUGCCUCGCUUUAGACGAAAGAAGUUUGAGGUUUUCUUCUACACCCAUCAUCUCUACCUUCUAUACACCUUCUUCUAUCUAUUGCAUGUUGGCGAUAACUAUUUUUGUAUGAUCCUUCCUGGGAUCUUCCUUUUCCUGAUCGAUCGUUACUUAAGAUUCUUGCAAUCACGACACCGAGCAAGACUAUUAUCCGCACGCCUCUUACCAUGUGGCGUCGUUGAACUGAACUUCUCCAAGACUCCUGGGUUGUAUUAUAAUCCAACCAGCAUAUUAUUUGUAAAUGUGCCUAGAAUUUCCAAGUUACAGUGGCAUCCCUUCACAGUGACUUCCAAUUCCAACAUGGAACCGGAUCAGCUCAGCGUGGUCAUCAAAAGUGAAGGAAGUUGGUCUCAGAAGCUUUACCAAAAUCUCUGUUCCUCUGUAGAUCAUCUUGAAAUUUCAACUGAAGGGCCAUAUGGUCCUAGUUCAUCCAAUUUUCUAAGGUCAGUCGAAAGCAAAAAACUACUAAGCUUUCGAUCAGUUUGUUCAUUGAGUUUGAUUCGUGUUAACAUAUGCAGGCAUGAGUCUCUGGUGUUGGUGUGCGGAGGCAGUGGUGUUGCUCCCUUUAUCUCCAUAAUCCGAGAGAUAAUUUUCCAAAGCCAGAAGUCAAAUGUCAAGGUUCCAAGAGUUGUUAUGAUUUGUGCCUUCAAGCACUCAGCCGACCUUGCCAUGCUAGACUUGCUGCUUCCCAUCUCGGGUAGUCCUGCAGAAAUUUCCCAAAUACAGUUGCAGAUUGAAGCAUACAUCACCAGAGAGAAAGAGCAGCCAAACACUAACACCCAGAAACCUCUCCAAACAAUAAGGUUUAAGCCAUGCCCCUUAGACUCACCCAUCUCUGCAGCACUAGGCCCCAACAAUUGGCUAUGGCUUGGCGCAAUAAUCUCAUCAUCAUUUGUUAUGUUCCUGCUUCUUCUGGGCAUUGUCACUCGUUACUAUAUAUAUCCUAUAGAUCACAACACUGAACAAAUCUACCAUUUCUCUUUUAGAGCACUUUGGGACAUGUUUCUUGUUUGUGUUUGCAUUUUCAUUGUUUCUAGUGUAAUUUUCCUCUGGCGCAAGAAACAGAUUGCAAGGGAAGGGAAACCAAUCCUGAACAAAGAAAUACCAACACCAACAACAACAACAUCACCAGGAACAUGGUUUUCUUGUGCAGACAUAGAACUCAUAAGUCUUCCCACUCAGUCCCUUGCCCAAGCAACCAAGGUGCAUUUUGGUUCAAGACCCGAUCUUAAGAAAAUACUAUUCGAAUUAAAAGAAUCAAAUGUUGGAGUUCUUGCAUGUGGACCGAGGAAGAUGCGCCACGAGGUUGCAAAAAUUUGUGCAUCUGGAUUGGCAGAUAACCUGCACUUUGAGUCCAUUAGCUUCACUUUGUGAUUCAUCUAUGUUAUUUGCCUGCCUUGUCUAUUAUUGUGUAAUUUCAUCAUUGAAUAAAUGCAACUGUUAUCCUGUUGCAUCUCCAUGAAAGUUUGUAAUUGAGACUUGUCUUCUCUAUACUAUAAA